CUGGUAGCCGCGCAGGCGCAGUAGCAGUGCAGCCGCUCCUAGCCCGGGGGAUCCUGGGACUAGGCCUUUCCGGAAGGACCGGCUUGGUGUACGGGAUUAGGCCCGUGUUCCAGACCCAGGUCCAGGCCCUUGUUCCAGGUCCUUGCUUGAAGAUACGCUGGUGGCCGCGGUGACGCUCCAGUGACAACGGAAGGCGCAGCGGGCCGCUCGCUGAGGUGCCCGGCCUCGCCACCGACGAGCCUCGGAGACGCAGUACGUGGCAGCGCCUCCCCCUUGGUUCGGAGCGCAACUGUUGAAGGCGCGGCGGCUCAGGCCGGACGAGGUGAACCGGGUCAUUUAACUGGCUUCAGGUGAUGAAUCAUCAACCUAACAAUCAGAUUUGAGGCCCACAGCUCAUUGUGGUCCUGCUUCAGGACAGUUUUCUGUGGAUGAGUGACUGGUGUGUCCGGAGAGGUGCCGCAGUGACUGCUUGCCCUUGAUAAGGAAAGCGAGCUUGCCUGCUCUUUUGGACAUACUUGUUUCCUGUAAAACGGUCAGGUUCUAACUUCUUUGUCUGGCAUACAUCUCCGUGCACGAGAAAGGCUUUCACAUGAAAGUGUCUCUUGGUAACGGAGAAAUGGGCGUCUCUGCCCACUUGCAGCCUUGCAAGGCUGGAACCACACGAUUUUUUACCAGCAAUACUCAUAGUUCGGUGGUAUUGCAAGGCUUUGAUCAGCUUAGAAUAGAAGGAUUGCUUUGUGAUGUGACUCUGGUACCUGGUGAUGGAGAUGAAAUCUUCCCUGUCCACAGAGCUAUGAUGGCGUCUGCUAGUGAUUAUUUCAAGGCAAUGUUCACUGGUGGGAUGAAAGAACAAGAUUUAAUGUGCAUUAAGCUUCAUGGAGUGAACAAGGUUGGUCUGAAAAAAAUUAUUGAUUUUAUUUAUACUGCAAAACUUUCUCUUAAUAUGGACAAUCUUCAGGACACACUUGAAGCUGCCAGCUUUUUACAAAUUUUACCUGUUUUGGACUUCUGUAAAGUCUUUCUCAUAUCAGGAGUUUCUUUAGAUAACUGUGUUGAAGUUGGACGAAUUGCUAACACCUACAAUCUUAUAGAAGUGGAUAAAUAUGUUAAUAAUUUCAUCCUGAAGAACUUUCCUGCUUUAUUGAAUACAGGAGAAUUUCUAAAACUCCCUUUUGAACGGCUUGCCUUUGUACUUUCCAGUAAUAGUCUUAAGCACUGUACUGAACUUGAACUCUUCAAGGCUGCCUGCCGCUGGCUGAGGUUGGAAGAUCCUCGAAUGGAUUAUGCUGCAAAAUUAAUGAAGAAUAUUCGAUUUCCACUAAUGUCACCACAGGACCUCAUCAACUAUGUGCAGACAGUAGAUUUCAUGAGAACAGACAAUACCUGCGUGAAUUUGCUUUUGGAAGCCAGCAAUUACCAAAUGAUGCCAUAUAUGCAGCCAGUGAUGCAGUCAGACAGAACUGCCAUUCGGUCUGACUCCACCCACUUGGUUACAUUAGGAGGAGUUUUGAGGCAGCAGCUGGUUGUCAGUAAAGAAUUACGAAUGUAUGAUGAAAGGGCACAGGAGUGGAGAUCUUUAGCUCCCAUGGAUGCUCCUCGUUACCAGCAUGGCAUUGCUGUCAUUGGAAACUUCCUUUAUGUAGUUGGUGGUCAGAGUAAUUAUGAUACGAAAGGAAAAACUGCUGUUGAUACAGUUUUCAGAUUUGAUCCUCGGUAUAAUAAAUGGAUGCAGGUGGCAUCAUUAAAUGAAAAGCGUACAUUCUUCCACUUGAGUGCCCUCAAAGGACAUUUGUAUGCAGUUGGUGGGCGCAGUGCAGCUGGUGAGUUGGCCACAGUUGAAUGUUACAAUCCACGAAUGAAUGAAUGGAGCUAUGUUGCAAAAAUGAGUGAACCACACUAUGGCCAUGCUGGAACAGUGUAUGGAGGCUUAAUGUAUAUUUCAGGAGGAAUUACCCAUGACACCUUUCAAAAUGAGCUCAUGUGUUUCGACCCAGAUACAGAUAAAUGGACACAGAAGGCUCCAAUGACUACAGUCAGAGGUCUGCAUUGCAUGUGCACAGUUGGAGACAAGCUCUAUGUCAUUGGUGGCAACCAUUUCCGAGGAACAAGUGAUUACGAUGAUGUUCUAAGCUGUGAAUACUAUUCACCAACCCUUGACCAGUGGACACCAAUUGCUGCUAUGUUAAGAGGUCAAAGUGAUGUUGGAGUUGCUGUUUUUGAAAAUAAAAUCUAUGUUGUUGGUGGAUAUUCUUGGAAUAAUCGCUGUAUGGUAGAAAUUGUCCAGAAAUAUGACCCAGAAAAGGAUGAGUGGCAUAAAGUUUUUGAUCUUCCAGAGUCACUUGGUGGCAUUCGAGCUUGUACCCUCACAGUUUUUCCACCUGAAGAAAACCCUGGGUCACCUUCUAGAGAAUCGCCUCUUUCAGCACCAUCAGAUCAUUCUUAGGUCCAAGGUGUAAUACCUUUGCAGUGCAUCUUGGAUGAUGACAUACUUCCCUUUAAUUGUAUCUUAUAAUGAUUGGUACAGUUAUUUGGCAAAAAGGUAACUUACGUUAUUUGUCUUGUUUGGCUUAGUAUGUUUGUCAAAUGGUUAGCAAGUGCAUUCUGAAAAUGUAUUCAGCAUAUCCAGCUGUUUUAACACCCAAAAAAAAGAACAUAGAAAAAUGUUUAAAUUAGAUGUAUUUUUGUGGUGUUACAUUAGUUAAAUUGUAAGUCACUGUAGUAAAUGUAUAAUUAUGUCCAUUGUGCUUCAAAGUUGAAAGUUUUCAUCUGACUGAAAAACAUCAGAGGGAAGCCACUUACUCUAAUACACAAAAGAUUGUCAAGUGUUAUUAGCUUCCUCAUUGCAUGGUUUUUGGCAUAUCAGUCAACUGUUCAGGUUGGGUGGUUGUACUCCGAAUAUAGUUUCUUAGGCAGACAGAAGAAGUAGUAAAAAGAUUUACCAGAAGAAGUAGCACUAAGUCAGGAUUUGGAAUCUAUAGAAAAAGAAAAGGAGAUUAAAGGCAUACACACAACACAAACAUGCACACACACAUUCAUACAUAUGUGUAUAAAUACACACAUAGAAUUUUGUGUAUGUAGAAAAAAAUUAACACUUAAACUAUAGUAAAAUUGUUCUUAAUAUUUUUUUUUUUAUUUCACACAGUACCAGUUUUUAUUUAAAUGGGAAUUCGUUACCACAGAAUGUUGUAGUCACAUAUAGCAGUUAGAUAGCUAAGGGCUACAACGUAUUAAAUUGGCAACCAGAUUUGUCAUUAAACUUAACUGUUACUUCAGAUGAAGCUUACAUUUUCUGCUUGUAUAUUUUUUUCCUGUAGAGUUGCUUUUAUACUGAUUAUUUAGUAACGGUCAAUUGAACUCUGCUUUCUUCUAUCUUUUCAGUAAAAUUUAUGAUACAAAAAAAGCAAAGAUGGAAGGAUUCUGUGCAGCUAUAGGAUUUUAAAUUCAGUCUCCCAAUUUAGUCAUUCUGACAGGAUUAUUUUGUAAUUUGGGUUGAUUGUCCUGGUGCUGCUCUGGCCCAUAUGCAUAUUGAGCUAUGUGAUCUGCCUCAAGGCUGUGGUCUGAGCAAGCAGGAGAUAAACUCUCUUCUGCAUCAAAUCAGAAAAAUGUCCUUUCAGCCAUGUCUCAAGGACAGGACCAACUUCAGAUUCCCUAAGAAGCCAUCUACAGAAAAUGUAAUGUAAAAACACUAUUGCCUUGCAAGAGGCAGACCUAAACAAGAUCUUUAAUAUCAAGGAGUAUACCAACUAGUUGAGAUUACAUAGGGAAAUUUUAAUAGGACUUUACCAACAAGUGGAAUUAUAAGAGUCCUCUAAAAUCAGUGAUUCUGAAGUGCUUUCCUGGAAUAAUUGUCUACUUGAAGAAAAAAAUAAUUAUAUAGAUAGACCUAAAUAUCUGUAUCUAUAUAGUCCUAUAGCUGGGAGUUAUCAGGGUAUAAAUAAGAACAAUUUUCUCUUUAUUGACAAUUCCAUAAUAAAACUCAGGAAACAAAGCAAAAGGAAUUGGCUUCCAGGGAUCUGAACAUUACUUACUGCCCACAUGAGUUGAUCCAUUUUAAUGUUUUUUAUGAUUUCUGCAUUAGCAGAAAUUUUCAUAUUUUCUAUGUUUUUUUAAUGACUUAGUUUUUUUAUUACUAAAAUAGCACAUUUCAGUACAUUUAGAAAAUAGAAAAAGUAGAAAUUGCUGUAACUUUGUGUAUUGAAUAAGCAAGAAAUGGCAUCCCAAUCAUUUCUUUGAUUAUUAAUGAGAAUGAAUAUUUGUGUAUUUUGGGUAGCUAUGUUUCCUCUUUGGUCAAAUGUUCAUGUCAUUUUUGUGAUAUCUAUUGGAGUUGCUUUGUUUUUCAUACCAAGUUACAGGAUCUCUUUAUAUAAUAAAUAGAAUUUAACUGGCA